CCAAACCGAUGCUCACUGUUAAUUAAAACUAAUUGAUUUUGUGAUGUGAUCAUUGUAUUAUUACUAUAUAUCAAUAAGCCAUCCAUCAGCACUUUUAUUCCUUUUCUUCUCCUUAUUCUCCUUCUCCUUCAUGUUCUUGAAGAAUUAGAAUUGAUGGCUGUUAACAGUAAUUGUUCAACUCAAAUCUCACUUCAGAAAUAUGGUUCAUUUCUGAAAUAUGCAAACAAAGAGUUGAUCUCCAAACGAAGCUCUGUCCCGCAGAAAAAGGCACCAGUUGGUCCAGUAGUACUCAGAAUCACAGCAUCCAUCAAGAACAAGAUUUAUGAGGACCAAUCUCAGGGCAUACUUUGUUAUGAAGAUGAGAGUGGAGAAAUAAUUUGUGAAGGGUACGAUGAAGGACCUCGUUAUCAACGAAUUCCGAAGCCAACCCAUCAUCCAAGGGAUGUUGAAAUCAUGAAUCUUAUACAACAACAAAGUUGGCUCCAGAUAGUUAAAGGAGAAGAAAUCAAUCACUUAGCUAAAGGUGUUCUUCGUCCACAAGAGGAUUUAAACUGCAACAAAUGGCUUUAACCAAUUCCAAACCAAUCAGGCUUUUGUCACACUCAAAGGCCUUAACAGAGUUGCAUGCAGUGCUAAGAUGUAUGAGACAGGAAUAAUAGCACAAAAAUAUGCUGUAACUGGUGAAUCAAAUAGAACAUGUGCUGUCUUCAGCACAUUUUUCAUGCAAGUUGUACAAAUUGACAGUGGUGAUGCUUUUUCUUAAUUGGUUUUUCUUUUCAGUCUGUUCAUAUA